GGAAUAGUAAUUCGUCCAAGAGUGAAUAACAAACAGUCUACCAGUGGACUGUUGGCAUGGCAGUUAAUCUUCACUUCGUAUGCUUUUCAGUCUUUGUUGUGAUUUUAAUAGAUUUUGGAAAUGCAAAUGAAGAGGAAUUUUAUCAUUGCCAUACAUUACACCUAUAUCACCUAACAAUCAAUAAUCUGACUGGAGAUUUUUACAGUCCAUUAUACGAAGUAGAUGAAUAUCCCAAAGGUCUUUGGUGUGAAUAUAGGAUCAUUGGACCCGCUGGCUACCAAUUGAAACUCGCAUUUGAGGACUUGGACAUUGAACCAUCCGAUUUCUGCGGGCAAGAUUCUUUGGUUAUUUAUUCAGGUGAAAAGGAAGAAGUUAUUUCAACGGUGUGCGGAAGAGACAAACCUAUGCCAAUCAUCACCGAUCCAGGGGUCAAUAAAAUGCACAUUCUCUUCCGGACAGACAAAAUGGGAACUGGAAGAGGAUUUCACCUCCGUUUUGAAGCAGGGGCACAUCUUGCUUAUUGCGAAGAAGGACUGAAGGAAUGCGGCAACAAGAAAUGCUUUGAUCCAACUGUACAUAAAUGCAAUGGAGUCGAUGAUUGCGGAGAUGGAACAGAUGAAGAAGAUUGCAAGCUUCCUCUGGCCACCUCUGAGUGCGGAGACCCUCCAAUUACGCCGGAUACUGUUUAUGGUGGUCGCUCUCCCGAUCGUAUCAUCGGAGGUCAAGAAGCCAUACCCGGUAGCUGGCCAUGGCAGGUGUCCCUACAGAACCGCUAUUCCACUUUCAGCCACUCCUGUGGAGGAUCCCUUAUAAAUGCGCAUUGGGUUGUUACGGCUGCACAUUGUUUCAAAGGCAAUCCAUAUGCCAACAACUGGAGGAUACAUUUAGGAAAACACAACAAAUAUAAAAAGGAUCCUCAAGAGCAGAUACGAUAUGGUAAAAGACUUAUAAUAUAUCCUGAUCUCACUGGUGAUAACAUCCAAGGAGUAAUUGAUAUGAAACAUGAUAUAGCUCUUAUAAAGCUUAAUGCUCCUGUCCAGUUUAGCGAUGUCGUCAGACCAGCCUGCUUACCCUCACUGGGUUGGACAUUACCUGCUGGCAGUUUGUGUUAUGUUACUGGUUGGGGAGAGACAAGAGGCACUGGAUUCAAUCAUGCUCUAAAGCAAACAGACAUGUCCACGAUGCCCAAGUCGAAUUGCAGUUAUGAUGAAGGUGCUCAUAUAUGCGUGAAGAACAGAGUGGGAUUUCAAUCAACAUGUCAUGGAGACAGCGGAGGUCCGUUGUCUUGUAAACUUGGAGGCAAGUGGUAUGUGAUGGGUGCUACCAGUUAUGGAACGUUGGGCAAUUUCAUGCACGGUUUGUGCGCCAUGCCCGAAGAAAGAACUGUAUUCACCAAAAUAUCCAAUAAUGCAGAUUGGAUCGAAAAAAUGAUACAGAUGUAUAGCUAAAAAUAAACCAACAAUGAAUCAUUCUAUUAGA